CACUCGCACUUACAGACUAUGUAUGUUAAUGUAUGCUGUGAUACUUGGUAAAUUACAUGUAUGCUCUAUUCUGAUCAUUCUACUACAAGUGUCUAAGGACCAUACUGCUUUUUAUACUGUUUUUUUUUGUUUAGUAUAUACAUUUUUUUGCCUGUAAUAUUUAAACAAAUCGCUGUUAUGGAACUAGAGCUAGCUGCCAACAGAACUGUAUAUAGUACACAUCCCUGCUAUGAAUCAUAUGACUCAUAUUACAAAUUCUCAAGUAACCCUUCUUUUGCUUGUGUGGCAUUGUAUGUUUUCCUCGGCUCGCUGUCUCUCAUAACUGUAUGUGGUAAUCUCCUUGUAAUAAUAUCAAUCAUUUACUUCAAACAGCUCCACACCCCUAACAACUACCUUGUCCUCUCCCUUGCUGUGGCUGACCUGCUUGUCGGAGUUUUAGUCUUCCCCUUCAGCAUGACAUUCACUGUCACUUCAUGUUGGUAUGAUGAAGAUUUGUUUUGUAAAGUACGAGGCAUCUUUGAUGUAACACUGAGCACAGCUUCUAUUUUGAACCUAUGUUGCAUUUCUAUUGAUAGAUAUUAUGCCGUGUGUAAGCCUCUGACUUACAAAAGUACAAUAACUGAUCGCAUCACUGCAAUUAUGGUUCUUGUAUGCUGGGGUACCGCUGCUUUAAUUGGAAUUGGCAUCGUCAUUGCAGGAUUCAAUCAAGGAAAAUGUGAAGGGAAUUGUGUAAUUGAUGCUUUAAUAUCAACCACAUUGGCAUGUAUUUUUUCAUUCUAUAUUCCAGUCAUUGUAAUGCUUGCCAUCUACCUAAAGAUUUUCCUUGUUGCACAGAGUCAAUUAAACAGCAUCCACAGUACUGCCUGUCAAAGCAGAAAGCUCACUGCAGCCGUUAGUAAGAUGGAAAGAAAAGCAACAAAAACGCUUGCUGUUGUAAUGGGGGUUUUUCUCUUAUGUUGGAGCCCUUACUUUCUUUGCAUCAUAUUCCAGUCUUUAACAUAUGACGUGACCCCAAUUGCUGCAAUUGAAACUUUAAAUUGGCUAACUUUGUCAAAUUCUAUGUUGAAUCCCUUUAUAUAUGCUUUCUUUUAUAGCUGGUUUAGAUCAGCUGUCAGAAUGAUGAUUUCUGGAAAGAUUUUUCAAGGUGACUUUGCAAACGCACAGCUGUUUUAAAAUAAUCUUUUACUACACAUGUAACCUUCACUGGAAAUGUAUUAUAUUAACAUUGAAUAGAAAUUAAGGUUUCAACAAUAUAGUAAAUUGUGUGUAUUUACAGCACAUUUACAAAGAAUUCCAACAAAAGAGAAACUGCUAUUUUCUGUCAUGAUUAAAAAUAAAUGUCCAGAUGGGUUUCAAAGAAUUCAUAAUC